UUUUUUUAUUUAAGUCUGUUACCGGCCACUUUGGACUACGUUGAGUCCUCUUCGAUCGCCGUGCCGUAACUUGCAGCAAGUCGAUUCAUCCCCACCAGCUUCCCCUAACUAAGAACUAGAGUUACAUAGAAUUGGGUGGAGUUGUUGAAGAGUAUAUUAAUCCAUGAGCACUCACUUGACCAGGAAGUGUCUUAGGAGAUUAGAGGUGGAGUGUGUGAUAGACGUGUACGCGGUUUCCUAGGUCUGGGUAAAGGUUGAUCAGUUGAGCAGUCAGCUGCAUCGAGCUCUCAAUCGCCCAAGUUCCCUUCAAAAGACUUUGUUGUUUGGUUUUGUAGUUUGGGUUCUAUGUGUAUUUCUUUUCCAGUUGUUGGCGGAGUAGAUGUGUUGAGAAAUCGCUUGAAGAAGUAGAAGAGUCAGUGAGUGACAAUUGGGUUCUGUAGCGUGCUGCUGCACUUGGUCCACUUCCUUCUCGGGAUCAUUCUUGGUCUCGUAGUGGUGUUGAAGUGGGGAUUAUCCAAUGAAGUCCUCCAUGGCGGCAUUCUGGGCCAUGGCUUUCACGUUGGCGUUAACCAGCUUCAUGGUUGUGGAGGUGCACGCCGGGAAAGCGCAGCGCUUGUCGGGCGUCAGAGACUCCUCCGUUGAGAGAAAUUUCGACCAGCCGCUGGGUAAAGGCCACCGUGUGACGGAGGUUUACGAGCUUCCAGACGGGCGGGGAUUUGUGGCGGAUCUUGAGGUGAUUGAGCAGACAGAGCUCUACGGGGCCGACAUCACCGAUCUUCGCAUGACUGUUAGAGUGGAAGGCCAGUUCCGAGUUCACGUCCAAAUUUCGGACAAAAAUAAGGCGCGCUGGGAAGUGCCGAUCUCUCUUGUCCCCCGCAAUGAGCCCCUCACAAGAAAGAGCAAUCGCCUCUCCUUACCUCAGGAGCCCCUCAUCCAGCUCACCUACACCACCAACCCGUUCGGGUUUGCCGUCACGCGAAUUGCCAACAAUGAGGUACUCUUCAACUCCACUCCCAGCGUCACGACGUCGCUGGAAGGCGUGGAGUCCCCGUCCUUCAAUUCUAUGGUCUUCAAGGAUCAGUACCUGGAAAUCUCGACCCAUAUCCCGAGCUACGCGACGCUGUUUGGCCUCGGCGAGAGCACCAGGCCGGACGGGCUUCCCCUUGUGAAGGGGAAAACGUACUCCCUUUGGGCGACGGACAUCGGCGCCAUGAACGCGAAUGUGGAUUUAUAUGGAGCCUACCCUUACUACAUUGACGUGCGCGCUGAAGGACUUACGCACGGUGUGCUGCUGCUCAAUAGCAAUGGCAUGGACAUCCACUACGGCGGCGAUUAUCUGACGUAUCGUGUGAUUGGGGGCACCUUUGACUUCUACUUCCUCGCAGGACCCACACCGCUCGACGUGAUGGACCAGUACACGGAGCUCGUAGGCCGCCCAGCGCCGAUGCCUUACUGGUCUUUUGGUUUCCACCAGUGCAGAUGGGGCUACAAGAAUGUGGACGAGCUCAAAUACGUAGUGGAGAGCUACAAGAAGGCCAAGAUUCCCCUGGACACAAUCUGGAACGACAUCGAUUACAUGCAGAACUACUUGGAUUUUACCACGGAUGCUGUGAACUAUCCUGAGGAUCAGCUGAAGAGUUUCGUUGAGGAGCUUCACGCGAACGGACAACACUAUGUUUUGAUUCUUGACCCAGGAAUUAGCAUGGCCUACAAGAAUUACAGCACCCUUGAGCGCGGACUUGCCGCUGACAUCUUCCUGAAGGAUGAUCAGAACGAGAACUACCUUGCGCAAGUGUGGCCCGGGCCCGUGUACUUCCCCGAUUUCCUCGACCCCAAGGGGAAGGCGUGGUGGGCUAACGAGGUGUCGGUGUUUCACCAGAAAGUUCCCUUCGACGGACUCUGGAUCGACAUGAACGAGGUCUCGAAUUUCUGCAGCGGCAUCCAGUGCAAGUUCAAUGGCGUGGUUUACCCGAACCUCAAUGAAUGUUACUUGGAGUGCAAGGAGUCUUCGACUCAAUGGGACAACCCCCCUUACAAGAUUGAGACCGCGUACAAAAACCUUGGUGACAAGACCGUCGCUAUGGGGGUGAAGCACUUCGACGGCACUUUGGAAUACAACGCUCACAAUCUGUUUGGCUUGUCGGAGUCCGUCGCUACUAACGAUGCGCUCAAGGCCACCCGCAAGAAGCGCCCCUUCAUUCUUGCUAGGUCUACCUUCGUGGGUUCUGGAUCACAGACGGCCCACUGGACCGGCGACAACGCUGCAACGUUCAAGGAUCUUCAGUACUCCAUCGCCAGCAUUCUGAAUUCUGGAAUGGUUGGGCUUCCAAUGGUGGGGGCCGAUAUCUGUGGCUUCGCCGAUGACUCCAACGAAGAGCUUUGCAACAGAUGGAUGCAGCUUGGAGCCUUCUACCCCUUCUCUCGUAACCACAACACCUUCGGUGCUACCCCGCAAGAGCCCUACGUCUGGGAACAAGUGGCCGCAUCCUCCAGAAAAGCACUUGGCAUGCGGUACCGCCUUCUCCCCUACUUCUACAGCCUCAUGUUUGAAGCUCACAACAAGGGCGCUCCCAUUGCCCGGCCUCUCUUCUUUGCUUUCCCCGAGGACGCCCAGACCUUGAAGGUUAGCGACCAGUUCCUGCUCGGGAGCGGUGUCAUGGUAACCCCUGUUGUGCUUCCCAAGGUGACGACCGUGAAUGGCUACUUCCCCAAGGGCACAUGGUACAACCUCUUCGAUGUCGCCUCGAAAGUGGAAAGCGAGGGAAAGUAUGUGGAACUUGCUGCUCCAUUAGACUCCAUCAACGUCCACCUCCACGAGGGCACCAUUUUGCCGAUGCAAGAGAGCGCAUUGACAUCAGCCGAAGUGAUGAAGACGCCCUUCACGCUCAUGGUGGCAUUCCCAGCUUCGAAAUCCUUGGGGUAUGCCACAGGCAAGCUUUUCCUGGAUAAUGGUGACGAUAUCGAGAUGGUGAUUCGAAAGGGCAGGUCGACAUUUGUGCGGUUCUUCGCACAGCAGUCUGAGCAGAGAGGUGUCCUGGCGUCGAAGGUGGUGAGCGGGGACUACGCCACCCAGGAGGACUUGGUUGUGCAAACUGUGGUCAUCCUUGGGGCCAACAAUGCGCCGUCUUCUCUCACAAUCAACGGAGUGCCAGUGUCAUCACCCAUCUCCUCGUCGUUCGAUGCUGCAAUUCCUUCCGUCACCAUCUCAGGUCUGAGUUUGUCUGUUGGUAGUGAGUUUGAGCUCCACUGGACCACGCAAGCUCAUUCAACGAUCUAGACCGGAGCUCGAUCGAUUGCGCAUGUGGGAGCUGUCUGUUCGGAAAAUGGUGGAUAAACCGGAGCUGUAAAUUACGAGUCUAGAAUUGGUUUAUACAAUUUUGUGACGAGGGUCCACGCACCACUAGAUCGGAAACGCUUGGACUAGAUCCUCGCUAAGUUGGCUGGUGCCCACACUGGUUAAAUACCUUAUUCUUUACCUAGGGGAAAUUCUGUGCACCCUUUGCAGGUUGCCUUUGUAGGCGUGUUGCUUAUGUUCUAGGGACUUCGCAAUCCCUGAGAUCUGUACAAUGUUAGCUAGCAAUUUAAUACAAUGAAUGACACAAUUUUAUGUAA